AUGGUGGUCGGGCAGCUCUGUCGAGUCGUUGCGGGGUGCUCGCAGCUGCUGAGACUGAGGGGAGUGAUCGGCGAGCGCGAAGAGCGGGCGCUCAAGACCAUGUCCAACAGGGGGAGCCCCGUCUUGCUGGCGGCGGUGGAAGCAUACGGGGCCAACCAAGACCUUGAGGACCUCCUCGACACGCUCCAGACGGCGGCCGAGAUAGAGCUAUCGCUUACCGCCGCCGCCGCCGCCGUGCCCGAAACGAGAAGGGCCGACCCCCCGCAGCAGCGACGGGCUCUUCCCCACCAGCAGCAGCAGCAGCUGCCGUCAGGCGUCGGCGCCGGUGGUGGCAGGGGUGGCUUGGACCUCGGCUGCGGCUCCGGUGUUUCUCGAGACGGGGGUGGACGGGCGCAAGCCUCUGUCGGCGUUAGCAGCGACGGUGAGAGCGGUGAAGGCGGUCGCGGUAGUGACGCGACGGGCGAGAGCAUAUGGUCGCGGCCCGCCGCGGAAGUCAAGACACCGGCGGCGGCGGCGGCGGCGGUCGGGGCGCGGGCCCAGGAGCUCAUGAAGGCGAGGUUUGCGGGGAUGAAGAGUGCUGCUGAGGCCAAGAGCGCUGCUGCUGCUGCUGCUGCUGCUGCUGCUGAAACUGGUGAAAGUGUCGAAGGGAGCAAGUCGGCAUCAAGCGCAGCGUCAUCGUUUGGCAAAGGCAAAGAGGGCAAAGAGCCGAGCGGAGACCGGCGUCUGAGGCAAGACGUGUCCCAGCUGGUAGCCGUGAUGGCGAAGCAAGGCAUGCUGACGGACAGGCAGAGGCUCUUCCUGCUGGCACAGAUGGGGCGGCGCAUCACGAGAACGACUCGCGAGAAGCACGCUCAGUACCUUGCUACAGGCAACUCGAAGGAGCUGUAUGCGGUGCUCAUAGCGCUGUCCAUGCCUCUUCCCCGAAAGAAGAAGAAAGACAAGCCCGGCGAUAGGGUGGGGCCACGGGGGGGACAGGAAGAUAACGACGAUGACGAUACUGAUGAUGAUGAUGAUGAUGACGACGAAGCAGCUUGGGAUGAGGAAUCCGGGGAGGAAGCAUCUGAGGAGGAGGAGGAAGAGGAGGAGAGGCACGGAGAAAGGAAGCGCGAGCGGGAUAUGAAUAUGGAGAAAGAAAAGGAUGGGACUGGGAAGACCUCCGGACCAGGGGAUGUCGGCGGGGAUAAAGCAGUGGGCGGGGGCGUUGUCGGGCAAGGCGCCUCCGAGGGGAGCCGCAGCUAGCCUUCGAGGUGUGCGAUGCCUCGGAGUUGUAGGGCGGGCCGAUGUUCUCCUCACGCUGGAGAUCGCCGUCGUGACAGCGAUUGUGCGUACCCCCACAGGUACACAUAGGGCUUUUAUUUUUUCAGGAGCAGGCAGGCAAAGAGGAGAGGACGGGGGUGAACAGGACCUGAUGGAGAAGGUAUUUGGUGACGGAACCAUCCAGGGGGUGGUAGUCUGGCCCUGUUUGGGAAUGAUGAAGUUGAGGGGGUUGUGGUGGGAGUGCACCAAUGAAAUUUGCGCAUGCUGCUUUAGUCUUGCGAGAGUUGUUGUAGCACCGUUGUCGUACCCCGAGGGUGGGCGUCUGCUACUGUGCGCCCGUUCUAUAUUUCGAGUUCUUUUUCAAUGUCUCUUCCGGCUUUUUGUGUGUCCGUCGUACGAUAAUUUUUCUUGUGCGUCUCGUGGUUUUUGUUUUAUGUUGCUCGUGUGAUUAGAUAUGUUUCUCUAUGACAUGGGUGGCUUGUCGCUCUCGCCCUCUCUCUCUCUCCCCCCCUACGUCGUGCCAAAAUUAGACAUCCAACGGUGUAAACGGGCUGGGUUCAUCCCUUGGGGGUCCGACCAAGUUUUCUCGUUGUGAUUUUCCUCAGCCGGCGUUUUCCGUGCGGGUUUUUCUUUCUUGUGUUCCACAGACGCUUUAUUUUCCGUCUACGUAUGGUCAACCGUCAGCAGGUUGCGGUGGGAGCUGUCCCCGCGGUCCUGCUGAUGUUUGUAUGGCAGUGUUGUUGUUGGUGGGGGUGUUGGUGUUGGUGUUGUUGUUGUGACUGCUGCUGCUAGUACUGUUGUGCCGGUCCUUGGUCAUUCAACAGGCAGACGAAACGCUUGUCUUGCAUACUGGUGUAGAACUUCGAUUGAACAUCGUGCAAGCUUUGCUCAAGCGAAGACCAUAAGGCUUGCCCGACGCUUCGUUUUUGUUACUCUUGGUUGGUCUUGUUCUCUAGUGUAGCACGGUAUGCCGACGAGAAGUAUUUGAUCGAUGAUUGUUUUCCAGGCUUGAAAAACGGUAGUAAACAGCCACUACAGAAAAAAAGUUCUCGAGGAGUCGCUAGGGCUUGUCCUCGAAGGCGGCGGACUGUGGCUGUACACGCGGCGAUACCAUGCUGUACAUCGAGGAAGGAUAGCUGGAGAAGGGCUAAACUUUAGUGUGGCAAUAUCAUGCUGUACAAAACGGGGCAGGCUAAAUUUGGAAACGGCUGAUUUUGAAGGCGGCGGCAUCAUGCUGUAUAUCGGGGCAGAUGAUCCUAAGAAGUGUUGAUUUAUAAUCCGGCGAUACCAUGCUGUACACAACGGGCAGGCUAACCUAGAAAGGGCUGAUUUGAUGGCGGCGAUAUCAUACGUAUUGUCGUAUGUAUGUUGGGGCCGAAUAUCAUAAACAGGGUUCAAUUCUAAUGCGGCGGUACCAUGCUGUAGAACGUUGCAGCACAGUAGCUCUCGAAGGUGCUAGUUUGGAUGCAGCGAUAUCAUGCUACUUAUUAGAUGUGUUAAACAGUGGAACGAACGGAGAGACGUUUGGUAGCUGUUGUCAGCAGCGGGCACCCAUCUAUGAAGCGUGUACAGGGUAAACCACUGUACAAAAAGGAUCAUCUCGGAAGUGGCGGCAGGAGUCUUCCACUGCCGCCGUAGAAAAGUGGUAACCGGUUAGGCGCAUGAUCGUUAUGGCCCAUUCGGCACGUUCCGGUCUUCACAGUCACAUCGUAAGCACGGCACGAGACAAGUGGGCGGGAAUGGGCGGGAACGGGAGGGAGAAGCUUCGUAGAGUGUUGCUUGUUGAGAAAAUACACAAUAGUAGAGCAGUCUCUGGGAAUGGCGAUGUACAGCUUCUUCUUCGUUGCGAGAAAAACGGAACCCGGCCCGGUCUUACUCGUGCACGGCGAGGUAGCGUCCAUCAACAAACGCGUCUGUCCAAGAGAAAUCUGUUUUUCUCGGGGUUGAUUUUGUAUUUUUCCAAGAAAACUGUAUUCUUCUCUGUUGUUUUGCACGUUUUUUUUGUUUGUUUCGUGGGGGGCGUUGCUGCCCCCCCCGGGGGGGAGGGUGGGCGGCUGACUAUCUAUACCUGUAGCCUGUCAGUCCGUCUACAGAGUCGGAGGUGUUUGCACGUGGCAAAGACAGGAGCUGUCCCGUCCUUCGUCGCGCUUCCUUGCUAUAUUUCACCUGCCUAUCUAUCGCGGUGCUUCUCUACGGUUUCAUGAACUUGAGGUUCGCUCUGCGGCGGCGAACGCCCUCUAAUAUGAGAAUAUUAGCCUAGUCUGUAGAAGUAGAUUGAUUCCGGCGGUGGUGGGGCGGUCGGGCUGCUUGGUUCUUUCUGGUUUAAGAGAGACGAAAAUCCAACCAUUUUAUGUUGCGGCAGACGAAAUCAGAUAUACUUUAGCCUCCUCGCCCGGUGGUCGUUUUUAGUGCCGGGUCGCGUAGGAGGCAACACAGGCCGGCGGUCGUUGCCUGUCACCCUUGGGCGUUGCCUUGGUAUGGGGGUUAGAUCGGGUCUGCUUGCGCGGAGACCUUGAAGCUGCUCCUCUGUGUUGACAAUCUAGCGAAGGAGAUAUAUAUGGUAGAUACAGUAUGAGUUUGCGGUUGGUUGGGGAGGUGAUUCUGUUUACAUCACGACAGUUGAUUCGGAGAUAUCAUUUCAUUUUGUAACAUUCAUAUAUUACCAUACUACAUAGUACUCGGAGGUUUUUAUUCUCUGCAUUUGUCGCCUGAGUCAGGGUGAAACACGUAUUAUGUAUCACACACCGCGAUAUGCGGGUUGAUGUUCGGUGCGAAGCAAAUGCAGAUCAUUCUUUGUUUUACCCGUCAUGAUGGAAAGCGGUUCCGCAGGGGA